AUGAACGAAGAUCAAGCCAUUCUCGAUAUCCAGCGCAAAAUCGAAAAGGAGCGCGUCCUCAUGACCGCUGCCAACAACAUGCGCUCCCAGACAGACAACGAUGCCGUCCGCUCCCGCCUAGACUCACAGAUUCGCGACGGUCGCCGCAACAUCCAGUUCUUCGAGGAGCGUCUCAAUGAGCUUCAGAUGCGCCGCGUUAACCAGGGCGUCGCCAACAUGGCUGUCCGCGACGAUGCCGAUGGCCCCCCGCCCCCUCCUCCCAAGGAUUCCUCGCUUCAAUACAGCCAGAUCGGCCAGCAUGGCGAUAGGAUGCCUUCCCACCAUCCUUUUACCCCUCAGCCCCCCGGUGCAUCCAUGCCCAAGGGCCGGCCCAACUUUACCAAGCUAGAUCUUAUCAAAUAUGAUACCCCCUACCUGGGCCCCCGUAUCCAGCUCAUGCUCUCCCAGCUUCAGUUUAAGCUCAAUGUCGAGGAACAGUACCUCAAGGGCGUCGAGAAAAUGGUUCAGCUCUACGCAAUGGAGGGCGACCGCAAAAGCAAAGCCGACGCCGCAGCUAGAAAAACGGAAAGCAAGCAGAAAAUCCUUCUCUUGAAGCAGGCAUUGAAGAGAUAUGAAGAACUGCAUAUUGACAUGGACAAUUCGGAUACACCCGACGGUAUGUCUCCCUACAAAUCUCGCACGCCUCUCUACUGCCCCACGCUAAUUACUGACUUGUUAGAUGAUUCGAUCAAUACUCCGAAUCUUCGCAAGCCUCUCAGCGGCUCCCUCGCCAUUCGCAUAAUCGCCGUGAACAAUGUCGAUCACGCCGCCACCACACGCUUCUCCCGCGGUCCUGAAACCUUCGUCGCUGUCAAGGUCGAGGACACCGUGACAGCCCGCACCAAAGUAUCCAGAAACGACCGUUGGGAAAAUGAAUUCCACACCAUUGAUGUCGACAAGGCCAACGAAAUAGAAAUCAUUGUCUACGACAAACCCGGAGAACACCCCAUGCCCAUCGGUUUGCUUUGGGUCAGAAUAUCCGACAUUGUCGAGGAAAUGCGCCGUAAGAGGAUCGAGGCCGAGAUGACUAGUUCUGGUUGGGUCUCUGCCGACAAAAUGGGCAGCAUUGGCGCCACGGCCCCUGCUCAGUUCCCCAUGAGCCCCUCACAAAGCUCAUUUGGCGCUCAAACCGCCGGCGCUCAGGGCGGUCACCAGCCUGGUGGCGCUUAUGGGGCUCCUCCAUCCCAGAUUAACGCCGGCCCCAUUGAUGGCUGGUUCAACCUUGAGCCUGCCGGUCAAAUUCAGCUGCAGAUUAGCUUCGUCAAGCAGAACCGAGACAAGCGCCCCGUCGACGUCGGUCUCGGCCGAAAAGGCGCUGUUCGUCAGCGUAAGGAAGAGGUCCACGAAAUGUAUGGUCACAAGUUUGUCCAGCAGCAGUUUUACAACAUCAUGCGUUGUGCUCUCUGCGGCGACUUCCUCAAAUAUUCAGCCGGCAUGCAGUGUGAGGACUGCAAGUACACCUGUCACACCAAAUGCUACCAGAGUGUCGUCACCAAGUGCAUCAGCAAGAGCAACGCCGAGACCGACCCCGAGGAAGAAAAGAUCAACCACCGCAUUCCCCACAGGUUCCAGCCCUUUUCCAACGUUACCGCCAACUGGUGCUGCCACUGCGGUUACAUUCUACCAUUUGGCAAAAAGAACUGCAGAAAGUGCACAGAAUGCAGUCUCACAAGUCACGCUAAUUGUGUGCACCUUGUCCCAGACUUUUGCGGCAUGUCAAUGGCCGUGGCGAACCAAAUCCUACAGGGCAUUCGCACACAGCGUCAAAAGGCCAAGACGACCACCAACCUCACGGAUAGGACCCUGCGCAAGAUGAGUACCCCUGGCUCUCAGACGGGCACACCGACUUCUGCCGUCUCCUCCCCGACCGGCUCCGCACAACCCCCGCAGAUCACUCCAACAACGACGGAAGCAGCCGAGGCCGCUAGACGCAUGUAUGCAAAUCAACAGACGCCCCCGCAGCAGCGACCAGCCCCGGGACGCGCGCCGUCAAGCACCAGCUCAGCGGCUACCGCUGCUUCCUCUGCAGCCGCUGCGGCUGCUUCGGCUGCUAUGUCCGGCAUUUCAGCGCAGUCAAACCAGUGGUCCGACUAUGGCCGAUAUGGCGGCUAUGGUCAGCAGCAACCAGAUGCACAUGCUGCCGCUGUCGCUUACGGGGCUCAAAUGCAAACGCAGCAGCAGGGGCGUCCCUACAACCCGGCUGAUUAUGCAAAUGUUAACACCGGCUACGCUCAACAACAGCAGCAAAUGCAGCCCGCUGCUCAGAUCCGCCCUGUGCAGCAGAUGCCUCCUCCUGCUGCCCAACCCGCUACCCGCCCUGCUGAGCCGGUUUCGCCCCAGAAGCCAUACCAGCCUCAGGCCGGCCAGCCUGGUGGACGCAAGUCCCUGCCUCUUGCCACUGAUCCCGGUACUGGACAGCGCAUUGGCUUGGAUCACUUCAACUUUUUGGCAGUUCUAGGUAAGGGUAAUUUUGGCAAGGUCAUGCUUGCCGAGACCAAGAAAUCCAAGAAGCUCUAUGCCAUCAAGGUCUUGAAGAAGGAGUUCAUCAUUGAAAAUGAUGAAGUUGAGAGCAUGCGCUCUGAGAAGAGAGUCUUCUUGAUCGCUAAUCGGGAGCGCCACCCGUUCCUGACCAAUUUGCACGCCUGUUUCCAGACGGAGACACGUGUGUACUUUGUCAUGGAGUACAUCAGCGGCGGUGAUCUCAUGCUGCACAUUCAGCGCGGGCAAUUUGGCGCCAGACGAGCACAAUUUUACGCUGCUGAAGUCUGCCUUGCUUUGAAGUACUUUCACGAAAACGGUGUUGUCUACCGUGAUUUGAAACUCGACAACAUCAUGUUGACGCUAGACGGACACAUCAAGGUUGCUGAUUAUGGUCUUUGCAAGGAAGACAUGUGGUAUGGCUCCACCACUGGCACAUUCUGCGGUACACCCGAGUUCAUGGCACCUGAGAUUUUGCUGGACAAGAAAUAUGGCCGCGCCGUCGACUGGUGGGCUUUUGGUGUCUUGAUUUACCAGAUGCUCCUGCAACAGUCGCCAUUCCGUGGUGAUGACGAAGACGAAAUUUAUGAAGCUAUCUUGUCAGACGAGCCACUUUACCCGAUCAGUAUGCCCAAGGAGUCAGUGUCUAUUCUCCAGAAGCUGCUCACACGUGAGCCCAGCGAACGUCUGGGUAGCGGCCCGACGGACGCUCAGGAAGUCAUGAGCCAUGCAUUCUUUAAGAACAUCAACUGGGAAGAAAUCUACCUGAAGCGUGGCCCGCCGCCAUUCAAGCCUGCGAUUAAGAGCGCAACAGAUACAAGCAACUUUGAUUCCGAAUUCACCAGCGUCACUCCUGUGCUCACACCGGUGCAGUCAGGCAAGUCACCAUCCCCAUUAUCACGCUCGAGCACUACCACUAACAAGAUGUACAGUUUUGUCGCAGGCGAUGCAGGAAGAGUUCCGUGGCUUUUCAUACACGGCUGA